UAAAGAGUCAGAGAGCAGCUUAAAAAGCUGGUGACCAGCAGAGCAGCCCGGCUUCAAACCCACAGUCGCCCUGCAGUCAGGUCCAAAAUGAACAGGUCCAACCUCCUCAACCUCAACAGCCUGGGCAAGAUCUGCGGCUCGGGCAACAGCGGCGACAUGGUGAUCCUGGACCGGGUGAAGAGGAAGAACUCCGUGAGGCGCAUGUCCAUCAUCGAGGACGGGCAGCUGGCCGAGGUCCUCUACCUCAUCCCCAAACAGUGCAUGAUGGAGCAGCUGCCCUUCAUCAACCCGGACGACUACAUCCUCUGUGAGAAGCUGGCCGGGAUUCCUGCAGAGGUCUCAGUGCUGCAUGCCCCAGACAGCUGCCAGCCUGGUCCUCCGGCAGGAAAACAGCCCAUCCAGUGCUUCAGAUGUGGAGCGUUGUGCAAAGGAGAGGCGCUGCGAGUGCAGAGCAGCUACUUCCACAUAAGGUGUUUCACAUGCAAGGUGUGUGGCUGCGACUUGGCUCAGAGCGGCUUCUUCAUGAGGAGCGGCGACUGCCUCUGCCCGGUGGACUUCCAGCGCCUUCACGGCACGCCCUGCACCAGCUGUGGGGACUUCGUGGAGGGGGAGGUGGUCACUGUCCUGGGGAAGUCCUACCAUCCAGCCUGCUUCGUGUGCACCGUGUGCAGACGGCCCUUCCCUGCAGGGGACUUCGUAACCUUCAGGGGAAAAGACUGCCUCUGUCAGCGCUGUACUGAACCUGUGUCUCCUUCUAAUCAGAUCCGUCAUCCCAAUAACUGUUCCGGAUGUGGCAGAGAUAUCAAAAACGGCCAGGCCCUGUUGGCCCUAGGAGGUCAGUGGCACAUCGGUUGCUUCAAAUGUAAAGCCUGCCGCAGGAUCCUGAGCCGGGAGUACAUCAACAAAGAUGGCGUUCCUUACUGUGAGAGGGACUACCAGACUCAGUUUGGGGUCAGAUGUGAAGCGUGUCAACGGUUUAUUACAGGAAAAGUCCUUGAGGCUGGUGAAAGACACUUCCACCCAGGUUGUGCGAGAUGCAGCCGAUGUGGUAAAAUGUUCACAGAGGGAGAGGAAAUGUACGUUCAAGGUUCAACGAUCUGGCACCCAAACUGCAAAGACAACGGCAGAGCAGAGGAGAGCUGCAGAGUCAGCAGAACAAAGACUCCCUGUCUUGAUUUCCUUUUCCCCCCUCAUGAACUAAAGGUCAAUAUUGUGUGCAGGCCUGUUUUCCUUUCUGCACUGAUGACCCAAUAAUAAAUGAGUGAUAUAAUAAAACACAGUGUGCUUCAAUAGCAUUCACUCAUCAUUUACACUCAUUAGUCACCUCAGGACCACAG